AUGUCUUUUGUGAAGGUUAAGGGUAUCCUUAGACAACAUUUGAAUUUAAAUUUGAAUAAGUCUAUACAAGUACAAAUAUCAUCAAAGAGCUUUUCAUCUACGAUUACGAUAACGCCAGAGACAGAGACAGAGAGUGGGGUUUUGAGAAGGAGGGUUACCGGUUCGAGGUUUUCGUUAUAUCGACAAAUACUCGUAGACUUAAGGUUACGGUUACGGUUACAGUUACAGUCGGGAAAAUACUUUUCGACUUCUUCGACUUCUUCGACUCGGAGGGUUGGGUUGACUUUGAAGGGGGAGGGUGAGGGUAAGGGUGAGGGUAAGGUUAUGUCUAUGUCUACUAGGAAUAAGAAUAAGGCGGCGAUGGCGGUGGCGGAAACGGCAACGGGGACGGAAACGGAAACGGAAAUGGCAACGGCGAAAUCUCCUUUGGUAACAGCAUCGCCAGCAGUUCCACCAGCAGCAGCAUCAGCAACUGUAACUGCAAAAUCUCCUCUAGUUAAAGCAAUCCCACCAGCAGGAAAACGAAAAGCCAGUUCAACUCCCGAGCCAAUUGGUACAAUCAAUGGCACUACUAAGAAAGCCAAAGUUAGCGACGACAACCAUGAUUUAUCCGAACUUCGCCAACCACAUCACAGCGCCAAAGAGGCAGAGGAAUAUGGCAUCGUGUUGCGAAAAUACUAUCCGCAUGAAAUGUGCAAUCCGCGCGCUAUAGCAUAUAACAAUAAUGAACUCCCACGACCCAUCGAACUUUUACAUUCUGCGCUCGAGGAAACGAAAGAAGAACGGACAAAUGUGCCUGGAAAAGAUAGCGUGGUGCAUUGGUUUAAAUGCGAUUUGAGGACGAAAGAUAAUAAAGCGCUGCGUUUGGCAAGUGAAAAGGCGAUGGAAUUGGGGGUUCCGCUUAUUGCGAUGUAUGUGAUUAGUCCGCAAGAUUUCGAGGCGCAUUUGACGGCGCCGGUGCGGGUGGAUUUUAUAUUGAGGACGUUGGAGAUUUUGAAGGGGGAUUUGGUGAAGUUGGAUAUUCCGUUGUAUGUGGAGACGGUGGAGAAGAGACAGAGGGCUCCUGGGAGGAUAUUAGAGUUACUGGAGGAAUGGGGCACGAGUCAUCUUUAUGCGAAUGUGGAAUAUGAGGUGGAUGAGUUGAGACGGGAGGCAAGGAUGGUGCGUCAGUGUCUUGAGAAGGGCAUUGCGAUGGAUGUUGUGCCGGAUACUUGUGUGGUGAGUCCGGGUGAACUUGCAAGUGGACAGGGAAAACAAUAUUCGGUUUAUACUCCAUGGUUCAAAACAUGGGUCGCAUAUGUUCACGAGAACUCGCAUCUCCUAGAUCUAUUCGAAUUCCCAGGAAAGAAUCCCCCGAGCGCACGAAAGAAGUUCGCCAAGUUAUUCGAGACCAAGGUUCCAGAUGCACCCGCCAACAAAUCCUUAACAGACGAAGAAAAAAAGCGCUUCCAUUCCAUGUGGCCAGCAGGAGAACACGCCGCUCAAGAACGCCUCACGAAAUUCGCCAAGGAAAAAAUAACCCAAUAUCAAGAAAUGCGCAACUUUCCCAGCUUAAACCAAACAUCCUGUCUCUCCGUUCACUUCGCCUCUGGCACACUCAGUGCGCGAACCGCCAUCCGCACCGCACGCGAUCACAACACUACCAAAAAGCUCAAUGCCGGACACCCCGGAAUCCAAACCUGGAUAUCCGAAGUCGCCUGGCGCGACUUCUACAAACAUGUUCUCGCGCACUGGCCUUACGUCUGCAUGAAUAAACCCUUUAAACCCGAAUAUACCAACAUCGUGUGGGAAUACAACAUGUCCCAUUUCAACGCAUGGACGCAGGGAAAAACCGGAUAUCCCAUCGUUGACGCUGCCAUGCGUCAGCUGAAUUAUAGCGGCUACAUGCAUAAUCGCUGCCGGAUGAUCGUAGGAUCCUUCCUGGCUAAACAUUUACUAAUCGAUUGGCGCAUGGGCGAGAAAUACUUCAUGGAACAUCUAAUAGAUGGUGAUUUCGCGAGUAAUAAUGGAGGGUGGGGGUUUAGUGCUAGUACGGGGGUGGAUCCGCAGCCGUAUUUUCGGAUCUUUAAUCCCCUGUUGCAGAGUGAGAAGUUUGAUAAGCAGGGUACGUAUAUAAGGAAGUGGGUGGAGGAAUUGAGGGGGGUGGAGGGGAAGGCGGUUCAUGAACCGUUUGCGGAUGGGAAGGCGAGCGGCGUGGCGAGGGAGAGGGGGUACCCGGAGAGGAUUGUCGAGCAUAAGGGGAGUAGGGAGAGGUGUUUGGGGAGGUAUAAGGAGGGAUUGGGGAAGGGGAAGUAG